UCAUUUACGCUUUGAGAUAAUUACUGCACCUGUCCGGACACAACAGUGUGUAUGCAGUGGUGUGACAAUCUUUGUGAUUUGUUGCAGCUGUUGGUAGAUUUGCUGAAGGAUUUAACAGAAACCCGGUCUCAGCAUUGUUACAUUAACCCAUAACAUAGUGUUUAGUUUAUACACACCAGGAGCACAUUUGCUUCGAAGUGCUGCUGUUUGGGAUACGGUGGAAUAGGAGGGUCCCCGGAGCCGUGGAAGUGGAGUAGCAAUCGAAGGCAGGGCGGAACAGGGAAGGUACGCUGCUUUGGUGCGCGCAACGGACGGACGCGUUCAUUGACAGUCGGAGGCACGGAGCGCCCCGUGCGGCACACAAGCCGAGCACGCUAAUCUCCCCGUGCCCGUCUUGUCAAAGGCAUCUCUGUGCAACACCAGCCAGAUCAGCCUGGCACAAAUAAAGGAGGCUCUAUCCAUCCCUUGGGCUCGGCAUCGGAGUCUCGCCGAAUAAGGAACGCGGCAGCUCUGCGUCCCCAUCCCAUUCCGUCUUCACCUGUUCUGUCGUAACUGGACGCAGUCUGGGCGAACCUGGCGUCUCAAAGUGUUCUGGAGAAGGGAGCGGAUGGACAAAAUGAUCAGGUUGCACUUGGUAAUCUGAGCCAAGGAAGAUUUUGUCUUUUCCUUUUUAUGGAGUAAAAGUACUGCGCCCGGUGCAUUCGAGAUCGUUUUGGGGUUCAUUUUUGUUUUUGCUGUAACUGAGAUACGUAUGUGAAUGAAGUUCUAGUCACUGGAGCCUUUUAACACAAAUUUUUUAUUCUUUUAAAUCGGAAUAAAAACCUGAUAAUCAGGAGUCUCGGGAGUGAUUUUGGUGCGUAAUUUGUGCGGUUGCCAAGCCGCAGAAGUAGUUGUGCCUCGCUUCUUUUUCACGUUAGAUACCACGUUUUUCCAUGGAGUAGGCUAAAUCACAGGUGAAGACUUGAAAAAGAUUAUUCUCCCUUAGCCUGGAACAAACAGGCGGAUCAGAUGCGCAGAUUCUCCGUAGGAUGGUAAAUGACCGAUGGGGAAUCAUGAACAGCUCUUCUGAACUCGAAGAUGGGACUCGGCAUAAAAACCAGACGUUCUGUGAGUGUGUGCCCAGCUCCUCCCAGCUCAAACAUCGCUGGUCAGACUCAGAAACUGCCAGGGAGACGCCAGCCAAGAGGAUGAGCUGCAGCUACCUGCUUUGCACAAUCCUGCUCUUUGUGGCUGUGCUGCUAGCUGUCACUGUAACUGGCACCAUCCUUUUUAUGAACCACUACCAGGCACCACCCAUGUCCGACGGCCUACCCCACAUCUCUACCAAUCAGGACGAAGCCAAUGCCCUGGUCACCGUUGAGAGAGGGGAUGGGUCUCGUAUCAACAUCUUCAUUGACCCCAACUGUCCUGACUACAACAGUAACUUUAUGCGCCUGGAGGGCGUGCAGACAUCACUGCUCCACUCGCUAACCGACCAUGAUUCUGACCUGAAGUCAGUGAAAGGCCAGGAUCGGGCCCUUCUCGUCAGUCUGGCUGAGGAGGUGGCCAAGCUCUCAGCCCACGCGGGGCAGCUGAAAAUGGACUAUGAAUCCUUACGGAGGGGACAGGGCAGCCUGGGACAAGACCUGAACACACUGCAGACAGAGCAGGGACGCCUCAUACAGCUGCUAUCAGACAGCCAGAUCAACAUGGUGAAAGUAGUGAACUCGGUGAGUGAUGCUCUUAACGCCAUGCAGAAGGAGAACGUGGGCCUGAAGGCGCGUGUCAAGGCCGACUUGCAGAGGGCGCCAGUCAGAGGGGCUCGUCUCAAGGGCUGCUCCAACGGCUCUCGUCCCCGUGACUGCAGCGAUCUCUACGCCAGCGGUCAGCGAGAGGACGGCAUCUACUCGGUGUUUCCUGUUCACCACCCUGCAGGCUUCCAGGUCUACUGCGACAUGACUACAGAUGGAGGAGGCUGGACGGUGAUCCAGCGUAGGGAGGAUGGCUCGGUCAACUUCUUCAGAGGAUGGGAGUCCUACCGUGAGGGAUUUGGCAAGAUCACUGGUGAACACUGGCUUGGGCUGAAGCAGAUCCACGCCCUGUCCAUCCAGGGGAACUAUGAGCUACGUAUUGACUUGGAAGACUUUGAAAAUAGCACAGCAUAUGCCCAGUACGGUACCUUUGGAGUGGGCCUCUUCUCAGUGGACCCUGAUGAUGAUGGAUACCCUUUGACUGUGGGCGACUAUUCCGGCAAUGCAGGUGACUCUCUGCUGAAGCACAACGGGAUGAAGUUCACCACCAAAGACAGGGAUAACGACCACUCGGAGAACAACUGCGCCUCCUUCUACCACGGUGCCUGGUGGUACCGCAACUGCCACACCUCCAACCUUAACGGCCAGUACCUGCGCGGUCAGCAUACCUCCUACGCCGACGGCAUCGAGUGGUCCUCCUGGACUGGCUGGCAGUACUCCCUUAAGUUCUCUGAGAUGAAGAUACGACCUACCCGUGACCCAGAGAAUAAAUGAGAAAGACACAAGAGAAAGAAGACAAAAAAAAAAAAAAGAAAAUUAUCUGAAACAUUACAAACCACGACUUCUGACAGCUAGGUGGAGUUACUUGUCUUGAUAUUGUUUAUUCACUCAAACAUACCUCUUUGAGUUUCAUUCACUCUGCUCUUUGCCUCCUGAUGUCUCUUUCCCUUUUUGCUCCUCUUCCUCCAUCACUCAGCUACUAGUGUCAUUCUGGCUUCCAUUAUCCUUCCCCGGUCCCUUUCUUGAAAAAAUAAUGUAACCAUCAUCCCUUUAUUUUUGAUCAUUCAGCUCACAGAAAACAGCAUACCAGAGCUCACAGUCCGCUGCGCUAGCUUUACUCAGCCUGACAUGGUGGUCCAACCGUCGCCUGCAGAAUCACACACCAGUGAUUUCCUCCUGACAUGUAACUCUGACCUCCCAUCUGUGCUGACAUGGCACUUAGAUUUUGGUUCAGCCUCACCGCCCUCUGCUGUAUAAUCUGAGGAUGGAGAGGUUUGCUCCAAAUAUAGCAGAAAAAAUAUGAACUAGAGACGCAGAUCUUCAGUUUUACCCCCCUCCCCUGCAAAGGAAGUCCAGAGUUCCAGUGAGAAGGGACAGCGCAGUGGUACGCUUUGUCACAUUUACAUCCCUGAUCUGUGUGAAUGAGACCCAGCAGGGUAGUGGCAAGAAGUGCGGGGCCCGUAAGAUAAUGAGCUGCAGGCAGAGAAAGAGAGGAAGAGGAAACAAUUUGACAAGAGUGAAAUUAGUCGAAGCAAAGGAGGGCAGGGCGAAUCAAAGGGGAGUGAGAAAGUGGAAGAAGACGAGGUGCAAAAAGGAUGAAGAAAGAGAAAUGAGGAAAAAGAAAGAGACAACGGAGGAUCUCAUUCAUCUGACUUGGGCCAUUAGGGAGCAUAUUGGGCACUUUGUCUGAUCUGCCUGCCAGCUGAGUUCUAGCCAACUGAUGCAGCACUCACAGAUGGUAACCCAGCACUUUGUGUGUGUGUGUGUGUGUGUGUGUGUGUGUGCGUGCGUGUGCGUGCGUGUGUGUCUCUACAACAGAUAGAGAAAGACAGACAGACAGAAUUCUGUAUCAAUUUCCUGUCAUGAGUUCAGUGGAGCAUCUCAACUGACUACAGCGUUUAGCACAGACAGACUAAACAUGAUGCAUGGCCGGCAUACCUCCACUCUCUCCAUCUAAGUAGUUAAUAUGAAACAACAAAGCUCGCAGUGUAUGUACAUGUAAUGGGAAGGAAAAGACGACAAUUUGAAGGAGACCAAUGGGAUCACAGAAUGAAUGAGGAAUCGAAGGCUGUGUCAUCGCUACCCGUUGGACCCGUUUUGGCCAACAACGCUCCUCCCCACCUGUCGGGUUUGUCCUCUGUGUUGUAUUUUUUCUCUCCUUUCCAGAUUAUUAUUAUCACGAGAUUCAUACGUGUGACACGGUUUCUCAGACAGUUGCUGUAUAAUAAGAUUUGACGCUCUCAGCCGCAGUCUUUUUCUUCUGAGUAGGACUUCUGCAAUGUGUUAUGGCAAAAACAAAAGCAAACCAAAAAAAAAGAAAAAAAGAAAAAAGGUAUGACAGAAAAAUAAAAAAUUUCUGAAGAACAAAAAACAAAGGCAACCUGUGGGCAGAAAAUAGUGCAAUUCAGAUUUUCCGUCUCUUUUUUGAAGUCGGUGAAUCAACUUUUUUUGGUUCAUCGAGUUUCUUUGGAUGUACUAAAAGCUUUAAAAAAAAAAAUCUGUAGAUUAUAUUGUACAGUGUGUAUGACUUUUAGAGCAUGUGAAGCCGUUUUCUUACUAUGCUAAAACACAAAGAGUACUCAAGCACAUGGACUUUACAAAAUCCACAGGUUAAAAAAUAAAAAGAAGGAAAUUAUGUAUUUACCAAACUUUUUUUCCCCUUCCUCUACCUGAAGGACAGGUGGGAGUUUCCUACACUGCUCCACAGGUCGAGGAGGAAUGUGAUUACCCCUCAAGCACACGCCCGUUCAAAUCUGCAGCACAAAGACAAAUCUUUUACAGAGGCACAAUAUGAGAGAGAUCUCAAACCUCUUGGCACGUUGCUGGACAUGUGUGAUCUUUCUGACAUUUUGGCUUUGGAAAGGCCCAGGUUUUGCUGGGAGACACUCCUGAAUGUGAGCUGAAAGGUGUCGCCCGGCUGACAGUGAGUUAACGUGUAGCGCGUGGAGCGAUGUUGCGCUGAACACCGCAGACACUGGGACAGCGGUGAGCUUUUCUGUCAUCGUCGGUGCUUGGAAGGAUCUCCUGUUGCUUUCUGCAGCACCUCAGCUGCGUACUUACAGCUCUAUGAAAUGUUUUGGUGGACUUCUGCCACCUCCCUUCAACAUCAAAGCACAGACACAUGUUACAAUUACUUGCUGAUGUUAUAAUGGUGCAGAGUAUGAGGUCUGGUAACGUCAGAGGAUGUUAAAAAAAUUGAGUGGAAAAUGUGUGAAGUCACUUCUGGAGAAGGAACUGGUCUGCUUGUGAGAAUGUAUGCAAAUGUAUGUUUGUGCCUGUGCAGGACAGACAGACGUGUGUGUGAGUGUGUGUGAGUGAGUGCGUGUGCAUAUGUGGCCGUCUACAGUGUCUCUGCGUGUACACAUAUAUGCACAUGCUUCGGUUUGUACAUGGCCAUGUGCAUGAGCCAGACGACGAGCGUGAGGCUGAGUGCGUCUCUCUGUGGAAAUUUUGAAGUGAUGUGAUGCUUAUGUACAACUCGCCUCCCUGCUGUUUGUGUUGAUAACAGAGAGAUUUACAUAAUUAUAAUGAACUAUUACUUAUUGUGAUUGUGAACCCAUAAGAGUGGACACCACCUUCUGGUACUGUGUUGAACUGCGCUCGUACCCUAAAACCUCGAGAACCCACUCCCAAAAUCUUUGUUCACCUCGACACGACGUUGUGCUCACUGUAUAUGUUAAUGCUACGUUGCCCCUUGUUAUUUAAAUGUAAAGACAAGUAUUAUUUGCCACGCCCCUUUCCCUUUCUGUGUUUUUCGUUGAGUGAAUGCCUUUUACAGUCACUCUCUCGACUGCAGCUUGCUAAGGCUCCGAGGGAAGAGAUGAUAAAAGAGUGAAAUCAGAGGCUCUAAUCAUUCCCAGUUAUCCAGCUUAUUACAGUGCAUCAGUGCCCUCCUGAUCGAUCUCCCAGGUCCCCAAACCUUCUAUCUUUCUUACUGUGUACCUCCUUAAUUGCCUUAGCCUCUGCUGCCAAUUCCCCCCCUCACUCCAUAGCUCCUAAAUUCUCCUCUCUUCUCUUUCCAGCUCCUGACUCUCUGCCUCUUUAUUGCUCUGCUUUUUUUUUUUUUCUGCCCUUACUUCCUGUCCCCGCUCUCCUCUCCCUGCCCCUCGGGCCUCCCAUUCCUUCAGUCCCAGCGCAGAACUAACUCUGUUUUCUUUCUCUUUUUAUUUUUGGUGAAGUACUAUAGAUUGUUUUGCUGAAUCUUGAUACUGUGUUUUAAUGUUCUUGUCAACAUUUAAUAAACAUUCACAUUUUAUAAAUGGCGA